AUGUCUCACACUCAUCAUCACGCUGGUAUUGUUGAUUCCAAUACAUCUCCUUCCACUGACUAUUACAACGUGGAUGUAGAAAAUCAUCAUCCUGCCAACCGUCAAAAAGAGACUCCAUGGACCAAGUUUAAGAAGUAUUGGAAGAAGUUUUCAAGUAAAACCAUCGGAAAUAGAAGACUCAAGAUGUGUAUCUAUUCCAUUCUGAAGUUCUUCUCCAUUACCUAUGUCCAAGCUAAUAACAUCUUUGGAGGUGAAGCUUUGCAUCUCUCCGAAAGAGAAAAGCAAUUAAGUCUUUCUUUUAAAAUUAUUUCCUACAUGUUCAUGGCAGUUUUGAUUUUACUGUUCAUUGAAAGAUAUUUUCGAGAAUUAAUUUCCAUUGUAAGAAAGAAACCUCUCCAAACGUGGAUCAAUUGGAUGGAGUCUCUCAUUUACUUGAUCUAUUUCAUCUUUUCGAUUAUGACUGCCAUUACACAUAUUGUGUUCAUUGUAAGAGAAUAUAAUCAUGAGGUUGAAGAACGAGAGAAGAAUCCAGAAGAAUUUGCAAAGAGAAAGGCCACUUUGGAACAAGUAUUGAGUGUUGAAAUUAUUGAAGUAUUGAUUCAUUUCUAUAUUAUUGUGGAUAAGGGAACUCACUUUUUACAUGCUGGACAUUCUGUGUCGAUUUAUUUGGAGAAGGCUCAACAUAUUCCCAAGCAUGCACAUUAUGGACACGAUCAUGGCCAUCUUCCACACGGUGAGGAUGGACACGAUCAUCCUCACAAUUCCAGUCAAGAGAGGUUAAAUCAUUAUGAACAUUCCAAGCAAGAAAGUGAAAGUGAUGAAGAAUAUGAUGACUAUAUUGGAAGAACGAAAUCUCAAACCAAGAACAGAAGACAUACGAGUGCAGCAGUUACCUCUCGUUCUUCGGAUGCCUUUGACAGACUUUAA